GCUCUUACCCCCAAAUAUAGCUAGCUCAGACCUUACUUUUGUCUCUCACUUGCUCUCAUCAAUGGCUUCGUCUUCGUCGUCAUCAUCAGAGGUAUCUGAAAGAAGAGGUAUACCCGGAGCAUCAUUUGUAUCUGAUGUUCAAACUUAUCUAACACAAUCAGGUCUUGAUGUCACUUCUUCCUUGGCAUUUCUUCAAGAGAGGCUUCAGCAGUACAAGGUGGUUGAGAUGAAACUUCUUGCUCAGCAGCGGGAACUUCAGGCGAAAAUUCCCGACAUUGAAAAGUGUUUGGAUAUAGUUGCUACUUUACAAGCUAAGAAGGGUACUGGUGAGGAACUAUUAGCCGAUUUUGAAGUUUCAGAAGGCAUAUAUUCACGGGCCCGCAUUGAGGAGUCAGACUCUGUAUGUCUGUGGCUGGGGGCAAAUGUCAUGCUGGAAUACACAAGUGAAGAGGCCAGUGCUCUUCUACAAAAGAAUCUUGAUAAUGCUAAAGCUAGCUUAGAUGUCCUUAUUGCUGAUCUACAAUUCUUAAGGGACCAAGUGACGAUAACACAGGUCACUAUCGCUCGGGUGUACAACUGGGAUGUUCACCAGCGCAGAAGUAAGCAAGUCACUGCAACUGCUUCGAAAGACUCAUGAACGCUUUCCAUUAUCGCAUGGCCUUUCUGUAGGUACCCUAGUCAGAAUAUGUUGUUCAAUUUUCACCUUUUUAUCUUCUUUUUUUUUCUGCGUAGUCGAAGGGGCGGUUAUGAUAGUUUCCCAUGGAAAUGCAUAUUUGAUCUUGGACCAGUUUUGAUGUAAAAUUUUUUUUAGUUUGUGUGCUCUCAGCAUUGUUGAUUUUUCUCGUCAGUGACUAGUAUUUCUGUCCUAAUUUUGAUGAAAUCUUAAUCUCGAACUUAAUUAGGCGGUGUUCAUGUUA